AUGAGUUACUUCGGCGGCACCCGGCUGCGCAUUUUCGCGAGGGAGUACCAGAACCGGCUCCACAAGGUUGCGCACAAGAAGUACGUCCGCGUGUGCCGCGACGACGCGCGGAGCGGGUUCUACUCCAUUGCGGGUCCCUACACCAGCAUAAUUCUCGUAUUGAUGUACGUGGGGACCAUGGUGGGGGACAAGCAGAAGGAGCUGCGGGAGGUGCGGAAACAGAAGGUGACGCAGCGAGAACUCUCGCUCGCCCAGGAGAACGAUUUGAUGCGACAGUGGCUCGUGGAAACGGAAAAGGACUACGCAAACGUGCCGGUUCCGGGGGGAAGGGGGUCGGAAGGAUUAUUGGAAGGAGGAGGAGGAGCGUCUGCCGGGUAAGGAAUCGCGCUUGCUGUGCAGGAACAUGAUCGGCCGAAACGUGGAAACGCUACACCGCUUGUUGCAACGACUGCUCGAAAUCAUAGAUACGAUGGCGCAAUCAAAGUCGUGUUUUAUUUAGCAACGCGCACUCCGCAGCUCACAGUGUCGAAGAUUUAGAAACACUAAUGACGCAAAGUCAUAUCAUAUGAUGCUGAUGGGAGUCAGGUCGAGCAUCAGUUCGAGCAUCAGGAGC